AUGGCUUCUUUGUCGCCUCCAGUGGACUUGUCCCAUUAUUUCAGCUUCGUAACAAAGCGGCGUGCGCCGAGUGCCGUGAAAGACUUUUACAAGUACUUUCUCAUCCCCGGCAUUGCCAACUUGGCGGGCGGACUGCCAAAUGCCUCUUAUUUUCCGUACGAUACCUUAGAAGCAUCGACCGCUCGUUCUCAACGAUUUCCAACAGUUCCAGGUGGAAAGGCCAAGGGCCCACAGCCGAGCGAACGGAUAACAGUACCCAAAGACUCUCAGAGCGCCAUCCAGCAGAAGAUUGACGUCACAACAGCCUUGCAAUAUGGCACCGCUGAAGGGCUUCCUCCUCUGGCGACAUUUGUGAAUAAGUUCGUUCGUGAACAUCUUCACCCGAACGUUCCGUAUGCCGGUGGCCCAGAUACCCUUAUGACCACAGGUGCAACCGAUGGGUUCUCUAAGGCCAUUGAAGCCUUCACCAACCCGUGGGAUCCCGAUCGUGAUUGGGUACACCUUCGUCAAGGAAUCCUUUGUGAGGAAUAUGUAUAUAUGAACGGCAUCCAGGCUGCUCAAUCAAGAGGACUCAAUAUCGUCCCGGUAGCCAUAGACGCGGAGGGUAUGCUGCCGCAUGGCCCGGGAGGGUUGGACGAUGUUUUGGAAAACUGGGAUUUCCGAAGAGGCCGUCGCCCGCAUCUGAUGUAUACCGUAACCAUCGGCCAGAAUCCGACUGGCGGCACCUUGUCUGUCGAACGUCGUAGGGAGAUUUACGCCAUUUGCCAUAAAUAUGACGUUGUCAUCGUGGAAGACGACCCAUACUGGAAUCUGCAAUACCCGUCAGCCCAGGAAAAACAAGCGGAAUACCGAAACACUCCAAUUAACCGGCAUUUGACACCGAGCAAUUAUAACGCUGGGAAAAAAUCUUCUGGAUACGAGUUCCUUGAUUCUCUUGUGCCCUCUUACCUGUCAGUCGAUACCGACGGCCGGGUUGUUCGCCUUGACACUUUCUCCAAAACUAUUGCCCCAGGCUGCCGUCUCGGCUGGAUGACAGCACAGCCAGCUGUAAUUGAAAGGUUGGCUCGUAUUGCAGAGUCAACCACUCAAGCUCCCUCAGGAUUUGUCCAAGCGCUGGUAGCUGAAAUGAUCCUUGGCCAGCAGUCAGAUGACAAGUCCAUCAAUGCACGGAAGGGCAGUGAUGAUGAGAAAGGAUGGCAGAUGGACGGCUGGGUUCGGUGGCUUGAGGGCCUACGUGCGGGAUACGAGCACCGCAUGCAGCAGAUGUGCAGUGGUCUGGAAGAGGGAAAAUAUAUCGUGCUUGAUACUGAGAGACUGGAUGAUCUGACCUUGGGCGAAAAUAAUGAGGAAGACUCAUGGGAGGUUCUGGAUAAGGUUCAGAUGUACGACUUCGUUUGGCCCACAGGAGGAAUGUUUGUUUGGAUUAAGGCGGACUUCGACAGCCACCCCUUGCGCCGGAAGUACAGACCCGAGAGGCUAUCAAAAGCCCUAUGGUCGCAUUUGAUACAAAGGCCGCAUCUCUGCCUCCUUGCCACAGGAGCGAUGUUCUCGCCAACGGAUGAAAUCAAGGCUCGCGGUUAUAAGUACUUCCGGUUGUGCUUUGCUGCGAUGCCUGCUGAUGAUGUGGCUCCGAUUGCUCAGCGGCUGGUGGACGGUUUCCGAACCUUCUGGCAGAGAAAGAAUCUCGAUGGCCUUGAGGAUGAUGACACGGCGCAAGCGGUGGAACACCUGCAGAUAGAGCCGUCUCUUAAUUUCAUGGGAAUGGGGUGUUAA